AGAUGCUGCCUGCAACUUUUAAGCUGUGCGCUGGCAUUUCCUAUCGGCACAUGAGAAACAUGACAGGUUUGAGAAAGAAUGCCAUUGUGGCCAUUCAUCAUGAGCUCAAUAGACUGGCAGGUCCAGGACCCAGUAACUGGAUCAGCCAAGUUCGGCGUCGAAGCUCCCUUCUAAGUUCUCGCAUUGAGGAGGAGGGGUACAGUGAGGAGGAAAUGUCUUAUGUGAAGCAAGGCGAAGAUGCACUGCAGAAGGCUAUCAGCAUUCUAAGCGAGCAGGACGGCUGGACUGUUGAAACUGUAGCUCCAAAUGGAGAUAAGGUCCUGAGUAAGGUACUACCUGACAUUGGGAAGGUGUUCAAGCUGGAAGUUGUAAUGGAGCAACACCCUGACAGUCUGUAUGAGGAGUUGGUGGGAAAUAUGGAGCAAAUGGGGGAAUGGAAUCCCAAUGUGAAAGAGGUCAAAAUUCUUCAAAAGAUUGGCCCAGACACCAUGAUUACCCAUGAGGUGUCUGCAGAGACACCGGGAAAUGUGGUGGGACCAAGAGACUUCGUGAAUGUGCGUUGUACCCAACGCAGAGGCUCCACCUGUUUCCUGGCUGGGAUGUCCACUCAGCAUCCAAAAAUGCCUGAGCAGAAGGGCAUCAUUAGAGCUGAAAAUGGGCCUACCUGCAUUGUGAUGAAACCGUGCGCUGAACACCCAAACAAGACCAAGUUUACGUGGUUACUAAGUUUAGACCUAAAGGGCUGGAUCCCAAAGACAAUCGUAAACAAAGUGCUCUCUCAGACACAGGUGGACUUCGCCAACUAUCUCAGGCACAGGAUGGCGGAUAAUGUUUCUUCAGAGCUGGCUCCUGCUUGUUGACAUGAGAUAACUCUUCAGCUUUCUUCCAGAGCUCUCAG